CGCCGCCGUCUCCGUCGCCGUCGCCGCAGACAGACUUGCUCGCUAGCUCUGUCCGCGCCUCUAUGCAAAUAGCAUGUGCGACUGGCGGGCGAGCGGGCGGGGCAUCUCUGUUCCUUGAGAGAAGAAGAGCAGCGAAGCUGCGACAACGACCGAGAAAGGAGCACCCCAGAUAAGACUCUGUUCUGAGUGAGCCACCCUGUCUGGAAGCACAAUACGCCGUGCCAAUGAUGGCAUCGGGAUCAGAGCAGGACCCAGCUGCAGCUUCACUGGUUACAAUGGAUGACCUAUCCAGUGUGGGAUCCCUCCAGUCAGAUGCUGCUAAGGGAUCCGCUCCAGCAAAGCGUCCAAGGCCCAGCGUUCUUCCCAAGCCACAUCCCCUUAGUGUGGCGGCCAUUCUUAGUGGUGGGGUAACACGACAAAAAAGCACCUCUCCCACCCAGCAUUCACCUUUGUCCCCCGAGGUGCCCUCGGCGCAAAGGAUCCAUUCCCUGGCUGGUCCCAGGCCUUAUGGGUUUUCAAUGGGAGCUGGAGCACAUCGGAGAUCUUUUACUCGCAGCAGCAGCCUGAAGAGCCCCGGAUCUGGACCCACUUUCAGCCAUUUCCAAUUAAAUGACAGUAAUAACAACAACAACAACAACAACAAUAAUAACAAUGGAACAGAAAAACUGCAGAAACAAGACCGGGAGCAUCGCCCAGGCAACGAUCCAACAUUGUUGACCAAAUACACAGAGCCGAUUCUGGGCAGAAGUCCAGUGGUCCAGAUGGCCGGAGGAAUUGGAGUUGAAACAGGGGCAGAAGAACAUGGAGCUGCAUUUUGCUUCAAAUCCCAACUGUAUCCUACACAUGAAGGUGCCAAAGGAGUUCCACACCAGAGUGAGGAAUCUUCUGAAAAUGAUGUGUCAGAAAUCGAUGCUCCAGAGCUAAAUGGUGGCUCACCACAAGAUGGAGGCAGUAAGAAAGUCCUGUUCCACAUCAGAUCCUUGCCCAUCAACCAGGGCAAACAGUUUCCUUGCGUCACCGUAGAUCAGAUCUUGGCCCGGAUGGAGGAGAAGCAGAAUGAGAACAAGAGGCAAAAAGAGGCGGCAUCCAAAGCAGAGUCAUCUAUGACACCCUGGGGAUUAAAGUACAGGGGCAUCGGGGGGUUGACGUCUCCCAAAAUACUAGGCGCGGCCCCCUUCACUUUUCUGAAGAGCAAGAAAGAGGAACACGAAGGAGACCUGCCCAGCGUGACCACAUUGGAGAGCUGCCCAGAGAUAGCAGAACGCUUAGUGGAGAAAGCGCCCACCAGUACAGAGUUCUUAAAGUUCCCCGCCAACCUGGAUGAGCCCGUCCCGACCAGUCCAUCACAGGCUAAAAGAGCUGAGGCAGACGUCCCGGGUAGAAGCUCACUGAACGGUGGUGGGUUUCUUCUCACACCACCUGCACAGAAUCCAGAUAUAUCACCUUUGGUUGAACAAGAUGUUCUAUCAAUAUCAGCAAAUCAAGAGAUGCGCUCUGGAGAUGAAGCACCUCAAAUCCAAGACCAAGCAAAGCCUGUGGAUGCUAAAGGCUCUGAGUUCACUUUGACUUUCAGUGAGAAACGGACAUCUUGUACUACCAAAGAACAUAAACCUUUUCCAGUCAAAGAACAGACUAAUCCAGAAAGCCAUGAGAAUUGUACUGUGGUGCUGAAAGAAGAACCUAUAUCAAAAGUUGCACCUGCUGAACAUGAAGGGGUUCAGAGUGAAGAAGAAUUGGAACGCAAAGAUGGUGAUAGGGAGAAAGAAGAGGAGGAGGAGGAGUAUGUUCAAAAAGAUGGGCACAUUAAAGGAGAGCAGGAGGAGAUGGUGGAGGAGUAUGAUAAAAAAUAUGCAGAAGAUGGAUUUAUCUCCCAGCCAUUGACAGAGCUGAAGAAUGUUGACCAGAAAAACUUCCACCUCCCAGAUACUGUAAUAGGGAGUGACUCUGUAAUCAAAAGAAGGAGAGAAGAAAGUUCAGAAAUAGCGGCUGAAGUGGACAAAUCAGCAUUAGAGACCAUCGGCGGAGAGCAAACCAGUUUAACACAAAAUGGAACAAAAGGGUUUGAAGGUAUUAGCUCACAUGAUGGACUGUUUCAACGAUUUGAUACUGUCCAUCUUCCCAAGCCACAGCAUGUAAUUAGCCAGGAGCAGAGUCUUCCAGGAAUAAAAACCGAGGAUCUGCCUAUCAUGAGAGAGAAUGAGGGUCUUUUGAAUUUGGAACCUCUAGAUCAGAAAGAUCAUUAUUUGUCGGAAAUGCAGACAAUAAAUAAAACAGAAGCCAAACCUCUGGCCGAGGAUCAGGAGUCCUUGAUGGAUCCAAAAGCUUUUUUUCAAACUGAGGAUGAACACAUGCAGUUUUCAGAUGAGAAAAAGCUCCUCACUAUAGACACAGAAGAGCUUGACACUUUGGAUGUGCAGCCUCUGAAUCAGGGAGAUGUUCAAGUCCACUCUUCAGUCAUAGAGGAGCAAGACUUUGUGGGCACAAGGAUCUGUGAUCAGAAGGAAGUGCAGUCUUCUGUCUUACGGGAAGAUAGUUUUCAGAGUAUGGAGCUCCUUGAGCAGAAGAUGGCUCAGUCUCCGGUGACAAGCGAUCAAAGUUUUGGAGAUUUUGAAGCUCUCAAUGAUAGGAAGGCUCAGUCUUCCAUUUUAGAGAAUAAAGGUUCAAUAAAUCUGGAACCUCAGCUGGAAAAUGAGAUUCAGUUACUAGCUGUAGAAAAGCAGAGUUUGGUGGACUUGGAUACGGUGAAUCAAAGGGAAUUUGAUGUUCCAGCCUCAUCUAAGCAGACGCUGUUGGACUUGGAAAGUGCAAAUCAGAAGAUGAUUCAGUCUGAUAGACUGAUAGAUUUGGUGUCCUUUGAUCAAAAUGAUUUUGACUCUAAUGUUACUGAGAAGCAAAGUUUAGCUGAUUUGGAACUUCUAGAUAAGAAACAAUCCCAUCCUCCAAUCACAGAGAAGCACACUUUGGUGAAUUUAGAGACUUUUCACCAGAUGAAAAGUCAACCGCUGGUAACAGAAACUAACAUUUCGGAGAGCCUGGAACCUCAGGAUCAGAUGAAGAGUCAAUCACCUGUUACAGAGAAGCCUGAAUCUCUGGUUCAAAAAGAAAUUAGCCUUCCAGCGUUAUCUCAUCAGAGCUUAAUUGACUUCGAACUCACAGAUCAGAAGUUUCCCUUCCAAGAAGAACGUAGUUGUGUUGAUAUGAAACCAAUUGAUCAAAACAAACUUCAUUCUACAAACACACAGAAGCUAAGCAUUUUGGAACUGGAAUCACUGGGUGAGGGAGAGAUUCGAGAUUUAGCACCCGAAAAACACAUUUUAAGCAACUCUGAGAAUUCAAUUAUAGAGCAGCAGAGUUUGUUAGACAUAGAAUGUGGAAACCAGAAAGUUACAGAGAAGCAUAACCUCUUGGACCUCUUGGAGCCUUUGGAUGCAACAGAAGUUCAGUCUCCAGUCAAAGAGCAUAAUUUGGUGGACUUUGAACAUGUGGAUCAAAAGGAGCAUCUGGUGAUGUUGGAGCCUCUGAAUCAAACAGUGUUUCAGGGUCCCAUUACGGAGGAGAGCCCCUUGCUGAAUCUUGGGAAUCUGGAACACAGCAACAUCCAAUCUCCAUUCAAAGAGAUUGAAUCCAAUUUGGUUCAACUGGAUGAUACCAAACUAAAACAGUUGGAUACUCUAGACAGUGAGCCUCUGGGACAGACCGAUUUUCAGGCAGAUAAGCGUAGUUUGAUGGACUUGGAGAUUCUGGAACCAAUGAAAAUUCAGCCUCGGGUCAGUAAUGCCCAGAGAUGGGUGGACUUGGAGCCUGCGAAUCACACACAUUCCCCAUCUCAAAUGAGAGGAAAAGAUCAUUUAGAGGACAUUGAACAUCAGGAUCAUAUGAAGGUUCAGUUUCCAGUUGUAGACAAUGGCAUUUUGGUGGAAUUAGAGGACCAGGGUGAGGAUGUUGAUCAACUCUCAUUCAUAAAGGAGCAGUGUUUAUUGGAUGUGAAAGCUGUAGAUGAGAAAUAUGACUCUGUAGUGGAAGAGAAGAAAAGUCCGAGGGAGCAGAAUGUUGAAAGUUUAACAGAAAGCAAGCACCAUCUUCAAACAGAAUUUCAGUCUAUUGUCAAGGAAGAAUCUGGAGAGGUCAACCAAAAGGAAAGCUUAUUUGUAAGUAUAGAUGAAGGAGCUGAGGAGGUUAGGGAUGGGAGUCCAUCUGAAUGCUGUACCGAUGUGGACCUUCAGUUUGCCACUCUGGGGCAGAAGGUUAAAGAUUUAAAUGAGGAAGGGCUGAGGUUGAGCGCAGAGAGUUUUUCAGAUCCUGACAUUAAACCCAAUACUCUGAACCGCAUCCUUAUCUCAGAAGAAACAUCAGUACAUGACUCAAGCCAUGUGUCACCUCUGGAUGUUCAAGAAACAGACCUGUAUCAUCCAGGUCAGAAAAUGGCUUUAGAAUCAGAUGGCAGGAGGGAGUCAGACCAGAACCCCAUCCUUUCAAAUACAGUUGUAGGACUACAAAGGGAUCUGGAUAGUAGAGCUGUCGCAGGAGAGAGCAAUCUUGGUAAUGACGUGACAAAUGGCAUAAGAGAUGUUUUUGGGGAAAAAACCUUGGAGAAUGUGAGAGAUUCCAAUUUUGGUAGCACAUUUGGAAGUCAGCAGAACAAUGAAGAUAAAUACAUGGAUGUAGAACUUAUGGAUGAGAACUGCAUGGACAGAGAAAUUUCUACUCCAUCUUCUGUUAUGAGUACAUUAAGAGAUACACAUGGCAUUGUAGGAGAGGCUCACCCUAAACUAUCUGAAGGACCUAGUGACAUAGAUUUCGAGCACCGUUUAAUGGAAGAGAGUGGCAUGAAAACUCCAGAGGAAGAAGCAGAAGUGAAGAGUACCAAUCAAGAAUCAGGGAUAGAAGUCUUACAGAAUUCCCAGAGUGGACCUUUACUUUCCGAGCAAGAUACCUAUUACUAUACCCCACAAAAGUUGGUCAAAGAAGUGGCAGAUCCACCAGUGGACAUUGGUACAAGUGUAGCUGUUUGUAGUCUGGAUAAGCCAACACAAGAACUCGAGAACAAAGAGGUGGAGGAGGCAGAGGAGAGGAGGGAAUUGGAAGAGGAAGAAAAGGCUUCUAUUCAACAUCAGACUUCCUCGUCCAUCAAGCCACUCCUUGAAGAGCAAGCUGAGAAUAACAGGGAGAGCGCCAGUCCAGCUGUAGAAGCGAUGGUCCCUGACGGUCGAUGGACAGAGAUGGAGGUGCCGUCCAACACAAGUACUCCACCGGCCCCACCGCCUGCGUCAAGCAAGCCUAAGCAUUUCAGUUCAGGCAGUGACUCCUUGAACUUUGAUCCCGGUCUCAGUCCAAUCAAUCUAGUGGAUGAACUUUUUGUUGGGGAUGACUGGUCCCAGUUUCUACCUGAGAAAAAGGAGCCCGGAUCUGUUAAAAGCUGUCCUCCAGUGGCUGAAGAAGAAGAAGAAGAAGAAGAAGAAGAAGAAGAAGAAGAAGAAGAAGAGACUCUAGGCCCAGACACCACUGACCAAUCGUUCCAUGGCAUUCCUGAAUACGAAAUGAAGAGAAGCAGAAGUGGUAGCAGCUGCAGCAGCGAUCACCGCCAGUCAUUAGAAGUGGACGAGAGUGAGCAGAGCCCACUGGAGUACCAGGAGGGAACGAAACGAGAACCCUCUGAAAUGGAAGAGGAGAGAGAAGCCAACACAGAUGAUGAAGAAGGUGAGGAAGAAGAGAGAUCUUCUAUGGACCACAUCCCAGAUCCAGAGGCUGAUAAUAGUCAAUCUGAGACCCUGAUCGAAACAAUGGAGGACACCAGUCAUCUAGAAGAAGAAGAAGAAGAAAUACUCUCGCCAGUUAGCCCCGAUGCAGAAGUUACUCCUUCUCUUCCUCCUCUGGACUUUUCAUCAAUUGAGCGUUCAGAGAUCUUGGACAACUCUGUGUACAGAAAUCGAGCCAACCUGAACAGAAAACGGGGCCACCGGGCCCCAGUUCAAGUGCCGAGGAACUGCCGGGAAGAUCGAGAGGCGGAGAGCGAAAGCGACUGGAUGUUUCGAGAUUCCACUGAGCCUCGAGCAGCAGCUGAAGCUGCUCCCACCAAUAAUGACGAUGAGAAUGGCGAUGAAGAGGAUGGCCGGGAUGUAAAAUGUGCACGACUUGAGUCGUCACCGGUGAAAGGCAGUCCGGCCCGCUCACCCAUCUCUCCUGCAGGCCGGGUUCAGCUAUUCCCUGGAGUUGAUGCCGCCACGCUGCAGGAGAAGCUGAAAUUCCCCAAAAAGUCUGGGGAUGCUUGUGAUGCAGCAUCUGGUGAAACAGCCGGGGCCAGUGAGGAGGAUGCACUAUCGCCUUCCAAAACAUCCCCGGGUGGUAAAACCAAAUUAGGAAAGUUUCCAGGCUUCAGUAAGGACAUUUUCAAGAGAGUGCUGCCGAAAAAGGCUGCCAAGACAGAGGGAGCUGAGACUGCAGCAUCCAACUGGCUGCAAGUCUUGAAGAUGAAGAAGAAGAAUCCUAAAUAAAACAGAUCAGGGGCUGCAUCCUGCUUGCUAAAGAUGAGCCUAAACCUGGUCAUUCAGAUGCAGUUUUGCGCAGAGGGGGGCCAGCGCCAGAGCCAGCGUCGAUUUUCAACUCACUUUAUUCAUUUCCAGCUUGAGUGACUGGCCGUUGGGGGGCACGUGAAGCUGCAGACGGGUACACAGAAACUCAAUCUGCUUGACUUGCCACCCAGGGAAACACCUUGGACCUACUUUGUUUUUUUUUUUUUUUUUUUUUUUUUUUUUUUUUUAUAAUUUGAUGCAAUUGAGAGAGAAACAAUAUUAUGAAUAGGAGAAAAUGCAUUGAAAGAGGGCUGCGCUUCAUGAUGAGAUAUGACAAGCGGGCACUUGACACGAGGGUGGCUGAGGACGCUUUUUAUAACAUUUUGAUCCUAAGCUUCUGACUUUGCAGUUUGCUAUGUAUAUUCACAUGUAUUCAGCUCACUUAUUUUUUUUUUUUUUGCAAAUAUGAUGCUAUACCGCCAAAGUGACCAAAGCACGUAUGUCAAUAAAUGAAUGUGCACAUCUGCUGAACUGGGUGACUCCCAUUCAGGAAAUGAAUGUAAAUGUUUAUGUAUAUAUUUGUGAUAAGGGGGGAGGAAUAAACAAGCACUGAUAAGUUUUCCGGACAAAUCUAGAAAUAAGAUGGUUAAAGUCACUUCCAAACGUUAUUUUCCGCCAUCCAUACCUUCUUCUCAGUGGUCAGUUUUCUUCCUCAGCCACAAUUGUCCCAAGGUGACUGAGGAGUUGUCUCCACUGACAUAACGCAGACGUUUUCUUUAUCCUUCCCGCUUGAUCGGUUAAGCUUUCCUUUGGUCUUAUUGCUGCAGAAUGAGCUCAGGCAUUGGUCUUUUAUUACAUAUGAACAUAAAAAAAUUGCCAGACGAGAGGUGACCCUUCAGUCCAUCAAGCCCGUCUGUUUCGCUAAUAGCUAAGCUGUCCCAACAUCUCAUCCAGAUUCUUCUUAAAGGUUGUCAAGGUUUCUGCUUCAACUCCAAGUCUUGGUAGUUUGUUCCAGAGUCCCACAAAUCCUUUUGUAAAGAAGUACUUCCUGACUUCAGUCCUAAAUGUUCCUCCCCUUAAUUUCCACCGAUGUCCUAGAGUUUGUGAAUCACCCUUAAGCUGAAAGAAUGUUGCUGAUCUAUUCUAUCAAUGCCUUUGAGGAUUCUCUGCUCGAGACUAAACAGGUUUAAUUCUCUGAAUUUGUCACAGUAGGACAUUUCUAAGUCCUGAGAUGCAUCUGGUUGCUCUCCACUGCACAGCUUCAAGUGCUGCUCUGUCUUACUUGUACCAUGGUGACCAGAACUGCACACAAUACUCCAGAGGUGGUCUUCAAUAACUUCAAAACAUGAUAUACCCCCCCUCCCCCCCCAAUUGCCCAAGGAUCCUAAUUGGGAGCCAUUAGGAAGGUUUAAGGAUGAGGCCUGUUAAAGCCUCUUCUCAUUGACUUGAUGGCUUCAUUCGUUCUUCCCCUCAUCCAUUAAUCUCAACCCAUUAAAUGGGGCUUCAACAAAACACUUAGCAUGUUGAUUGAAACUGUCAGCCUUGAAGUUCCGACCUUAAAGAAAUUGGACCCUCAAGGAUAUAUAUGGUAUCACAUGAUUCCUGUGGAUUAAUUCAUGGGCUUUGCUGUUAUCAAAUACUACAGUAUCUAAUGAAAUUGGCAGUCAGCUUCCAUUUUACUUGUGAUUAAACCCCUUUUAUUGUCAAUUGUGUCUUUGUUUUUUUGUAAUCUGGUGUUAAUAAAGAUGUAGACCACCAUGAAUGUCAAUCGCUAUCAAGCUCUUGGGCUCAAAUGAUGUUUAACAUGUCUGUGUUUAAAGCCUCCAUUUUAGAAACCUGUGCUAUCUGUUAGGAAACCUUCUUGGUUUUACAUGCUGUCCAUGUCCUCUGUGAUUGAACUCCUCCAGACUUCGAUGAUAUCUUUGGUAUUUGCAAUAAAACUGUUGGCCAUA